CGCGGCGCCGCCCUCCUCCUCACCAUCUCCCUCUCGGUGUGGUUUGUGGUGUCCCUGAAGGGACAGCGGGUGGCCUCCGGGGUCCAGGCCCUGACAGGCGGCCGAGAGCGCGGAUGACGGUGGGCGUGCGUGGGUGGGAGGCGGCUGCACUCUUCCCGCAGGGGCCCAGCGCCUCUAGAGGAUCCCCGGCCAGGGACGCGCACCGGCCGUGGACUGGGCCUGGGCGCGCGCGACGCGGCGGCGGCGGCGGGAACCCGGGACCCCAGGCCGCGCCAGGCAGCCCCGAGGCGCCUCGCCCACGCUCGCGCCCCUCCCCGCUCCGCUUCCUUCCUCCGCUCAGCGCGCCCGAGAGCGCAGGCCGGAUGCGAACCCGGGCCAGCCUAGGGUCGUUCAACUUGGCGGCUCCCGGCCUGCUGCCCGCGCGCUACUUGUGAGGCGUGGCCCGGCGAAGGAGGCGCUUGGGGGGCGUGGGGCUCCUCAGCUGGCGGCGGCGACCGAGGGCGCGCGGGACAAUGAGCUGGGCUGCUGCGCGCUGCGGCCGCCUUUAGCUGGCUGAGCGGCUCCACCUGCGAGCAUGGCCCGAAUGCCCGAGCCAGGUGUCCCGCUGCUUUAAGACGGGACGGAGCGCCUAGAUCGCGGCGCGCUGCGGCCGGGGCGGUUGGGGCGGCUGGGACGUUCUUUUAUUAAUUAAUUUAUUUGUGGAGAGCUCUCCCGAGCAGCCGCGAUGGCCAGCACAAGGAGCAUUGAGCUGGAACAUUUUGAAGAACGGGACAAAAGGCCGCGGCCAGGGUCACGGAGAGGGGCUCCCAGCUCCUCCGGGGGCAGCAGCAUCUCUGGCCCCAAGGGCAACGGGCUCAUCCCCAGCCCGGCGCACAGUGCUCACUGCAGCUUCUACCGCACGCGGACCUUGCAGGCCCUCAGCUCGGAGAAGAAGGCCAAGAAGGCGCGGUUCUACCGGAAUGGGGACCGCUAUUUCAAAGGCCUGGUCUUUGCCAUCUCCAACGACCGUUUCCGUUCCUUCGAUGCGCUCCUCAUAGAGCUCACCCGCUCACUGUCUGACAAUGUGAACCUGCCCCAGGGCGUCCGCACCAUCUACACCAUAGACGGCAGCCGGAAGGUCACCAGCCUGGACGAGCUGCUGGAAGGUGAAAGUUACGUGUGUGCCUCCAACGAACCAUUUCGUAAAGUUGAUUACACCAAAAAUGUUAAUCCGAACUGGUCUGUGAACAUCAAGGGCGGUGCCACCCGCACCCUGGCCGUGGCCUCUGCGAAGAGCGAGGUGAAAGAAAGCAAAGACUUCAUUAAACCCAAGUUAGUGACUGUGAUUCGGAGCGGAGUGAAGCCUAGAAAGGCCGUGCGGAUCCUUCUGAAUAAAAAGACUGCCCAUUCCUUUGAGCAGGUCUUAACGGAUAUCACCGAAGCCAUUAAACUAGACUCAGGCGUGGUCAAGAGGCUGUGCACGCUGGAUGGAAAGCAGGUUACUUGUCUGCAAGACUUUUUUGGAGACGAUGAUGUUUUUAUUGCAUGUGGACCUGAAAAAUAUCGUUAUGCCCAAGAUGACUUUGUCCUGGAUCAUAGCGAAUGCCGUGUCCUGAAAUCAUCCUACUCUCGAGCCUCAGCCGCUAAGUAUUCUGGAUCCAGAAGCCCAGGGUUCUCCCGCCGCAGCAAGUCUCCAGCUUCAGUAAAGAGGGCUGGCCACUCCAGUGCCUAUUCUACAGCCAAAUCCCCAGUGAAUGGAACUCCCAGUAGCCAGCUUUCCACUCCGAAGUCCACCAAGUCCUCUAGCUCCUCUCCAACCAGCCCGGGAAGUUUCAGAGGAUUGAAGCAGAUUUCUGCUCAGGGCAGAUCUUCUUCCAAUGUAAACGGUGGGCCUGAACUUGACCGUUGCAUGAGCCCUGAAGGUGUGAACGGAAACCGGUGCUCCGAGUCUUUCCCCCUUCUGGAGAAAUACAGAAUCGGGAAGGUCAUCGGGGACGGCAACUUCGCGGUAGUUAAGGAGUGCGUGGACAGGUACACUGGAAAAGAGUUUGCAUUAAAGAUUAUAGACAAAGCCAAAUGCUGUGGAAAGGAACAUCUGAUUGAGAAUGAAGUGUCAAUCCUGCGCCGAGUGAAGCACCCCAACAUCAUCAUGUUGGUUGAAGAGAUGGAAACAGCAACUGACCUCUUUCUAGUGAUGGAACUGGUCAAAGGUGGAGAUCUCUUUGAUGCGAUUACCUCUUCAACCAAGUACACUGAGAGAGAUGGAAGCGCCAUGGUGUACAACCUAGCCAAUGCCCUCCGGUAUCUGCACAGCCUCAGCAUCGUCCACAGGGACAUCAAACCUGAGAAUCUGCUGGUGUGCGAAUACCCAGAUGGAACCAAGUCUUUGAAGCUGGGAGACUUUGGGCUGGCGACGGUGGUUGAAGGCCCGUUGUACACGGUCUGUGGCACGCCAACUUAUGUGGCUCCAGAGAUCAUUGCUGAAACGGGUUAUGGCCUGAAGGUGGAUGUUUGGGCAGCUGGUGUGAUUACAUACAUACUUCUCUGUGGAUUCCCACCAUUCCGGAGUGAGAACAAUCUCCAGGAAGACCUCUUUGACCAGAUCUUGGCUGGAAAGCUGGAAUUCCCAGCGCCCUACUGGGACAACAUUACAGACUCUGCCAAGGAGUUAAUCAGUCAAAUGCUUCAGGUAAACGUUGAAGCUCGCUGUACUGCGGGAGAAAUUCUGAGUCACCCCUGGGUGUCAGAUGAUGCAUCCCAGGAGAACAAUAUGCAAGCCGAGGUUACAGGUAAACUAAAACAGCACUUUAAUAAUGCGCUCCCCAAACAGAACAGCACCACCACCGGGGUCUCCGUUAUCAUGAACACGGCUCUAGAUAAAGAGGGGCAGAUUUUCUGCAGCAAGCACUGUCAAGACAGCAGCAGAGCAUCCAGGGAGCAGACCUCGCCAGUCCCUCCCUCAGCCCAGGAGGCCCCUCCCCCACUGGAGUCUCCCAGGCCCCCUGGUCCUCCAGCCACCUCUGGCUGUGAUCUGGCAGGGACCUGGCGCCGCCACCGAGACUGAACUCUGUGUACACAGGCCAAAGCCGCUCACCGUGCCAGGCAGGCCGCUCUUCAGCGGGCCUCAUCAACUCCUUGCUGAAAGAGCCUCUCUCUCCUGGCUGCUGCUUUGACAGUUUGUUGGCAUGUUCUGUCACUGCCUCAGAACAGAACUGGGCCAUCCUGGAGCCUGUGUGCAGCAUGGUCUCAUGCACUUUGGGCUCUGCCCUCUCUAGUUCCUGGCCAUGUCAAGCAAGCCAUGUCAGUUGUGGAGACAUAUUUGGAGUGACUCAUUUUAAAUCAUCUGUGUUUUUAGUUCAGUAGACACUUGGCCGCUUUCCCCAGAGAAUGUGCAGCUUUUAUCUGGAAUGACAUCGCUUUUACAGAACUGCAUUGGACGAAUUAGGAUUCUCCUUAUUGAAGGACACUCCAAGUGCUCCCUUCUCAGGACACAGCUAUGGUUCCUUUGUUCUGUGAGAGGCAACAUGGCCUCUUCCUCUUCAUAGGGUGCUUGAGGCACCUGGCUUCUGACUAGGAGUGUCAUUCUGACUUGAGAGGGUCAUUUGCCUCCUGACUUUGGGAAGUGCAUUCUGAUGCCCCAGGAAGCAGAUUCCGACUGUCCAUCCGUCUGUCCGUUGGGCUGGGGUGCUGGGCUCGCAGACCUAGCAGACUCACCCUCGGUUUCCCGACUCUCCCUGUGUGUGUUUUAGGAAAUGCUUAUGAAGCUGGCCCGUGGGCUUCCCAGUGGGACGUAGAGCAGCUCUUGGCAGAGCAGGGCCAGCUCUGCUGUGUCAUCUCCAGGGUCUCCCCUCCCCUCUGCUCUUUGCCGUGGCAGGUCUGCUGAGACCCCGCGGGGACGGGGGCAUGGUGCUCCCUGAUUGGCCCGUGACCAACCUUCUGGAAGGCUGCUGGCAGUUUUCCCUGUUUUCCACCACCCCACUCUUUUUAAUAAUUGUAUAUAACUGUACUUGUUCUACUUGCUUGUCUUCAAAACGGGGGGGCCCCACAGUUCACUCUCACUGUUAGAUUUUGCCUUUUCCAGGUAUCCCCAACCUGCAAUAAACUCUUCCCUCUUCAGAAAAGCCAUGGGGUGGGUGGAAUUUCUCUGUGGUUGUUAUGGACAGUGCAUGUGAUCAGAGCGCCCUCAGGGGCCAGUGUCUGGGGCCAUAGUGAAGAGCACACCAGUCCAUGCAUUGGCUGAAGUGUUUGUGAUUGCAGGGGCAGGACCAGAGCAUCCAAACAAGCAGGCUUUUCCCGAGUGUGAGCUUAGGAGCAGUAAUAGGAGAGAUCAUGGCUGAACAACUUUGUCCUGCCUGUCCUGGACGAGGUCCUGCUUUUCCGUGUCGUGACUUAGUUUCCCUGUAAGUCUGCUUGUGACAUUGCUCACCUGUGGCUCCAGUUACCCAGAGCUGUGUCUGUCAUCUCCUCAGAGUUUGGCAACUCUCCAGCUUGAAACCACUGAUCAGGCUCUGGACCUCUUGGUUUAUGUUGCCCAGGGAACAAGACAGCUGAUGGGCCAGCUGACCCAGGGUUCCACCCAGAGUCCCAUAGCUAUGGCAGAGACAGAAGGAAGAUGUGUUCAAGAACACUGUGGGAUGCCGGGUUAGAACAUUUGGCAUGUGUCUCUUCACUACUUGGCUAAAGAGCAAGGUUUUAAAAGGAAGAUUUAUUCUUAAUUAUGUGUAUGGGUAUCUGUGUGCAUGUCCAUGGAGUCCAGAAGAGGGCAGAAAAUGGAGCUGUGCACUCAGUCCUGGGUGCUGAGACCCAAACUAUCCUCUGGAAGAGCACUAAGUGCUUUUCUCUGAGCCAUCGCUCCAACGCCAAGGAGACUUCAGUCUCUCUGGGUGCUUCAUUUUCAUAAAGGGGAAGAGUUAGUGCAAAGGAAGGAGGAAAACAGAGCAGGAGGUGGGGCAGGGUGCCUGCUGCUGACCACGGCAACUCCUCCCUCUCUUCAGCCAUGGUGCUCUCAGUGUGAGCUAAAGAUGGUGUGUGACCAGGGCAGUGCCCGUCCAUGCCAGGGAAGAGCAGCCCUUCUUGUUCAGCAUGCAACUUUGUUUGUUCCCACGCAUGGGAGGCGGACAGAGGCGGUGAAGGCCCACACAGCUGCACUGCCUCACAGUUUUCCUGAUGGACAGGACCCCUCAGAACCUAGAGAAGAAAGCCAGGAAGCGGCACGGCCACAGAUGCAGGAGCUGCAGCUGUGCCCCACUGCCUGGCCUGGUGUUCAUCCAGGCAGUGAGGCCCAGGAAGGGCCGGUGAUCCUGUGAAAGGUUUGAGACUUACAGCUCCUCUGUCUGGUUUGCUGUGCAAACACUUAGACGCUGUGAUUCUGUUCUCACAAUCCAAUUUAAAUACAGGUAUUUCAUUUUGGCUGCUCAGAUCCAGUUGAAAGACUCAUUCAGACUCCUUCUCCUGAGGAGGGAUCAGUGUGGAGAGAGGUUAAACUUGGAAUGGUGGCAGAGAAAUGCAGGUGGCCACCUGAUGCCCUCCACAGCUGAAACGGGGUCUCCUGCUCCAUCCUCUCUGUCUCUGCCUCCCUUUGCAAAAGGUGGUGGGCACAGACAUGUGCUACACGUGUUCACCAAGUGCAUUUUCUAAACCGCUCAGAAUUUCAUCAUGGCUAAGAUGGUAAUAUGUGACUUAGGAGACAGGGCAGUACGGGACAGAGUAACCAUAGUGAGAGAAAAGUGCUGAGUAAUGUUUUGUAAAAAAAUGAUAGAGCAGUUUACCAUCCCAUGGAAAUAUACACUGCAUAUCACUUGUGUUACCAUCUUAGUACCACAUUAAAAAACGUAAAUGGAACGGGUAAAGUACACCCUGUGGCAUAUUUUAUUUAUCCUAACUUCGAAACAUUAUUUCAUCAUGUAACCAACGUCACAGAACUCUGGGUGAUAGUUUCCGUGUGUGUUGUUGGAAAUCUGGAGUGUGUUUCCAUUCAC